AUGCAAUCGGAUGUAGAAAGGAUAAGAAGGUCUCCUGGAGAUGGUCCUCUUGGAAGUUCAGGCUUGGCAGUCAUGCUUGACAACUUUAGAAGGAGUUUCGAUGAGGAAACGUCUGAAGACAAGACGAUGAGGGAAGUUACGACGGUACCUUCUACCUCAGAAGAGGACCCGAACGGAAAUCAGCGAGACGUCGCGGGAUUUUCGAGGAUUAAUAUACCUUCUUAUGAUGGAUCGGUCACGCAACCAGUGCGCGACGGGGAUGACGCAGUAGACUUUGAAAUUUCAAGGAUCGCGUCUCCGGCAGGUUCGACCCUGAGGUUCGAAUCACAGCAGUUUGAAGAAUUGAUCACUGCAAACAAGAAAUUGCGAGAAGAACUGCAACUCGCAAUGG